GCACCUCCAUCUUUAUUCCGGAAUGGGUCGCGCAGAUGCUGUCAGAUGAGAUGGAUAGGUACCCGUUGGGCAGCAGUACAUGCCGGACGGGUGGACCCCUAGGCCGCGCGCGACGCGACGGCGACCCUCUGCAUGUCCCGGCAGCAUGGCAAUCCGUCUUCUCUGGAGGGGUGCGCCGACAAGCCCGAGGGCACAUGUGUCAAUGUAUCAAUCCGGGUCUAGCAUCCGCGUUGUCUGUUGUCUCUGCCUCCCAUCUCCUUCCGCAACAGCUUGUCAGGGUUUAACCCUAGCCGUAGACCCCCUGGCUGGUCUGCCUCCCUAUCUUGGCAUUGGGUUCAGGGCGGCUCUGGCGGCCUGCCGGGCAGUUGCUGGCCAGGACGAUCGUCAAUGACGAAGCGUCCCCUGGACUUCACCCUUGCAACAACAUUGAGAACGGCGCUGAACUCCAGCAAUGGGAGCCCUACCCGGUCUCUACCAUUUCGUCGGCCUGCCUCCCUAAGCCGGUCAACCCUCGCCCGUCCGACGAUAGCUUUUGCCAUGUUCCCCCGUGUCGCGGGCCCUCAACGCCUCGCGUUGGCGGCGGGACUCGUCCUCUUGGUCUGGUUCGCGAUCGCGUGGAUGUUCCUGCCCUACGACAGCCCCUUGUUCUCCUUCCUGCGACUCACCUCGUCCAAGGUCUCCGGCAGCUUCCGCCCCCCGGACGCCGACGAACGCCUGCUGCUCGAGCUGCCCGGCCAGUAUCCCUUCACCGACGAGGAGGUUGCCUACAUCGUCAAGACGGGCUAUGGCACGCAGGAGCGUGUCCCGGCGCUGCUAGAGGCCUCGGGGGCGCUGAAGCCCGGCGGCGAGUACGGGGACAACAUAUUGGUCGUCGGCGACUUUGCCACGACACUCGAGUUGAAAGGGAGGACGGUUGCCAUACACGACGUGGUUGCGGCGGCGAUCGAACACGAGGCUGUCGUCGAGACACAGAUCCAAAGCACAGAGAGGCUACAGAAAUACCGGGAUAUGACCCAUGCUAUAGAGCAGGGCCGAAAGGAAGAUGCGGAGCAGUCAUCCAAGGCCGCGGGGUGGGAGUUGGAUGCUCUCAAGUUCGUACCGAGCCUUGAACUGGCGUGGAAGACCAUGCCCGGGAAGAAGUGGUACAUCAUGCAGGACGACGAUACCUUCAUCAUACGGCCAUCGCUCUACCGAUUCCUCGAGCACCUCGAUGCCUCCAGGGCCAUGUAUCUCGGCAACGCCAUCGGCGACUACAAGACCAGGUUCGCGCACGGGGGGUCGAGCUUCAUCCUGUCCUACGAGACCAUGAGGGUCCUGUUUGAGGACAACCAGGAGGUGGUCUCGCAGGCUUACGCGGCCUCCGUCGACGAGACGUGGGGCGACAAGCUGAUCGCGACGACCCUGAGCAGGGUCGGGGUCUACAUCAGCGAGAGGUACGGUCACUUUUUCAACGGCGAGAGGCCGCUGAUCACAAAGGCGUCCGCCGACCGGUUCUGCUCGCCGGUCGUUUCAUUCCACGGCCUGGCACAGCCGGCGCAGAUGAGGGAUGUCGGCAAGACGUUUGCCAAGAUCGAGAAGCCCGUGUUCUGGAAGGACCUGUGGGGGAUAUACGGCCAGCCAGACCUGGAUGCGCUCGACAAGAAUCCAAUACGGUCUGGCCAGGACCACGUUGGAAGGCAGGACGACAUAUCCAUGAUCAACCACGCUGGCUCGGUUGAAAAGUGCCUGAACUCUUGUGUAAGCCAGCCCAAGAAGUGCCUGGCGUGGGCGUGGGACAAGAAGACGGAGCUGUGCAUCGUCAGCCCGUGGGUUGUAGUCGGGGAGGAGAAGCCCGAGGACCGUUACUCGGGGCUCAACGUGGACCAGGUGAGGCAGCUGGUGAGCCAGUGCGGCAAGUACUGAAGCUGGCCUCACACCUGGCCGUCUUGGCUAGUGUCCUCCGCAUGCCACCACAGAGCUGGUUUUAUCUUGUCACUGGAGGGGUUUG